AUGAUGAAUGGGCCAGUGCACGAAGUGGCUCUCCCCGCGGGGGCUGCAGUCUUGCCCGCAAUAUCUCCUGCAGUGGAAGCUGUUGAGGCUGCUGCUGCGAGGGGAAAGCCCCCGCGCCUCCACUCCCCGUGGGAGUCCGCAGUAGACGUAGCUGCUUCCACCUGCGUUUCGGGCUCCGAGGGGUCUGUGCCCUUCAGCUCGCAGCAGCAGCAGGAGCAGCAGCAGAAGCUGCAGCUUGAGGCGCAGUCUCCAGUCCACUUCACGGAGGAGCCCGAACGCCUCACCACCCCGAGCUCGGACGACACGGCGCCGGAAAACAAUGAGCAGCAGCAGCAGCAGCAGCAGCAACACCCGACGCACAUGCAGGAGCAAAAUGGCCUUGCGCUUCACGUCAUUGCCAUUGACAGGCCUCAGGGAACGCAGCAGUCUAACGGGGGCGACAGCAACGAUGGCUGCAGGGCCUGCCCUGCGCAGCCAUCGUCCGACGCAACAUCGAGUGUUGCAGUGCAGCAGCUGCAGCGGGGCAGCAGCGGCAGCAGCUGCUGCAGCAGCGCCUCCAUUGGGGGCGAGCUGAGGGGGCUGAUCAGCGCGCUUGCCUCUGCAGACUCCGCAGCUGGCAGCGGAGAUCUCCGGCAGCUGCUGCAGCAGCUGCUGGCCGAGCGGGACUUGUACAAGGCUGCCUUUGGCGCAGCAAAAGAGGAGCUCAAGGACCUGGAGUGUCGGCAGCAGCAACUGACUCAAGCGCUGCAGCACUCGGAGCAUGCGAGGCGUCAAGAGCGCAUGCAGCUGCAGCUGGCUUCAGCAGCAGCAGCAGACCAGGCGCCACUUGAAGCCGCAGGGACACAAGACGUGUCGCCUCAGUGGAACAACAACAGCAGCAGCAGCAGCAGCGGGCAGCAGCCCGCCGACUCCAACGGCGUUCCAGCCAGCAGCACCUGCAGCAGCGCAGAGGGACCUUACAACUGGCUGCAUCAGCUGCACGCUUGCGUUGCUUCGGGCACAUAUCCUCGGCCUGACUUGCUGCAGAAGAGUGUGGAGCAGCAGCAGCAGCUCAUCCGGCUGGCUGAGGGCUUGCAGCAGGAACGGGAGAGCUACGUAGAGGCUGUCGCUUGCCUCCACUCACAAUUGAGAGAAGCGAGAGAAGACGUGUCACUGUACAUGUCAGCGCACGCGACGCAUGCAGCAGAUCUGACAGCCGAGUCCGAUGAGGCGCUUAGGGCUGCAGAUUUGUGGCUGCAGAACUCGCUGCGAGUCAGCACGAAGUGCAAGUUCUGGGGCCUGGGCACUGUGCUGCACAGCCAGGAGGCAGCAGCUGCGAGCGCGGCGGAGGCAUCUACCACACUGGCUGCGGUGCGGGCUUGCAGCAGCGACAUUCAGCCCGAUACUUACGCUGCUGCUGCUGCUGCUGCGCUGGCCAAUGCGGCGGAGCCGAUGCCUGGGGUCUCCGUAGCCCUUGCUGCUGCAGCAUCUGUCUUUAGCGUGCAAGACGAUAUUGAGGGAGAUGAAGAGGGCUCAGCGGGCGCAGUGACAGUGGGGCCCGGGGUGCCCUCUGUAGCCACAGCAGAGCUCGAGCGGCUUUGGUGGGGGCAGACGGGAAACGCCCUCGUGGAGAGGCAGCAGCUGCGAAGUCAGAAUCGCCGGCGCGAGCGCAACAACCGCGUCUUGUGGUUCUUGGAGUAG